AUGUUCGCAUGGGUUUAUCACGACCUUCCUUGUGAUCCAGAACCAGAUCACUAUAUAAGCCAUGUUGCAAAUGUGUCAUACCUGGAUAUGUCUUUCUCACCUGCCCGAGUCGUUGCUCGCCUUCUUUCUUCUUUCCCGCCUGAUUUUUCUGCUCCUACAAGGAGGGAAAUCGCCAUUGCUGAUGCAUUCAAAGGAACUCUGCUAAGCGCUCUCUAUGGAGACAUCGACGUAGACGAGGAAGAAGAAACGUUCCAGUUGUCUCUCGACGAAACAGAAGAAGUGAGCUGGACUCCCGACGCCGACAGGGACGAUGGUUGUGAUAUGGAUGGGUUGACUUCACAGAAAAGUGUCUUCUUCGAUGGAAGGCUCAUCCCAGAAAACACUCGCCUUUCUGCUCUUCUCCGAGAACAAGUGCUUGAGGCCACCGAGCAAGCGCUUCCGUUGUCAUACGCGGUCAUUCGACAGAUGGCCAUUAGGCUGAAUACUGACCACAACCUCAUCGAAGGUUUCAAAGCCUCGAAAUCAUGGAUUGCCAGCUUCGUGCGCGAAUGUGGUCUCUGCUCAAGGAGAGUGACGCGCUUCGUCACAAUACGGAAUAUUCGUCAGAGGAAAGACGUGGAGCUGGAGGCAAAUUCCUUUGUGAGCCGUAUCAGGGAGGAAAUGAAGAGAUACCAUCUAUCUGCAUUUGCCAAUGCAGAUCAGACUGGGAUAAACAAAGAAAUAGUUUCGAAAAGUGCCCUCGUUCGUCAAGGAGUGCGUGGUUGGGCCUCAUCCCCUCCAUUCACCAUACUCCUUGUCGAUAGCUGGGCCGGUUUCACGGAUCACACUAAUGUGUUGUCAGAGGUGCCGCAAGGGAAAGAACUUCGGUUAAUGACAAUCCCUGCAGGAGCAACGGCCCUCUGCCAGCCAUUAGAUGUGUAUUUUUUCGGCCUAUUUAAGCGAUACAUUCGUCGGAUUUAUGACCAUGUUGCCCACUACCAUCAUGGCUUUACAUUUGGCAGAGACAACAUACUAAAAAUCGUCAGCCAGACUUACCGCCAAUUUUGCGCGCCUAGGUUUCGUCCAUGCGUGGCCUACGCCUGGGUUGUUGCUGGUUACGUUGAUGAACACCCCGGGCCGUUCUCCACACCACGAAUACCAAAUAAGGAGUGA